AUCCUACAGCAGGGAUUCGGAGCAGGUGGCUUUGAUGCGAUACAGGAUUUGAAGGAUGAACAGAGAACAGCGUCGUGUGGUGGUCCUGAUUUGGUUUGUAAGCUCGGUGGCUUCGCUGGAAAUUGACACAUUGGACGGUGGAUACAAAAACCUGCUGGUUUCAAUCAGCGAAGCUGUUCCUUACGACGAGUCCAUCAUUGAGGACAUCAAGGCACUGUUCCGGUCUUCCUCCGAGUUCUUGCACCGGGCCACCAAUGGACGCGUGUACUUCAAGCAAGUCACCAUUGAGAUACCUAAAGCAUGGCCAAGGAGAGAAAAUGCCCGUAACGUAUCGUUGAGCUCCUUCGAGCAGAGUGACAUCCGGAUCGACCUGCCAAGCGAGCCGUAUGGGGACAGGCCAUUCACGCAGCAGCUGAGGCCCUGUGGCCAGCCGGGAGAUUUCAUUCAACUGACGCCGCGGUUCCUCGCCCAACUUAGAAAUUCGACCGGGAACCAUCCUUUGAACAUGGCGUACAUCUUCGUGCACCAGUGGGCCCAUUUCCGGUACGGCGUAUUUGACGAGCACGGUUGCCACGGCGACAAUCAGUACCCGUUGACGUACUGCCACAGCGGCAAGGUGAAACUGAAUGCCUGUUCGGCAAGGAUCGGCUUCGCCGCCAGGACAGCGACUGGAGGAAAGUGCUCCGUCGACAAAGUGUGCCGCCUGUCAGAGGACUGCGUGGUCAGCUUGCAGCAUUCCAGCAGCGGUCAUCCCAUUGAGUCAUCGAUCAUGUUCAUGCCCCGCGUUGGCAACGUGAGCCACUUUUGUGACGAUGCCGGCGGCGGUCUUCAGCACAACCCGUUCGCUCCUAACAAGCAGAAUAGGCUUUGCCAACAAAGGUCCACGUGGGAAGUGAUCAGCGGCAAUGCGGACUUUCGAAAGCUGCCAAAGCCAGACAUCUCUAAGCGCAUCGAAAUCUCCUUCGUAGUAACUCAAGAGACGAAUGUCACGCAGCGCAUCCUGCUUGUUCUGGACGUCUCGUCCAGCAUGCAGAAAAACAGACGCUUGGAGUUCUUAAAAGAGGCUAUAACGCGGUACGUUAAUGGCAUCGCCAACGACUCACGUCGACUGGCCAUCUUGACGUCCAGUAAAAGUCCGAAUGUGGUGCACCCUCUCACAACGGUCAACGCUGGCACGAAGCCCGGAUUCCUGAGUGCCAUAAAUAAACUGAAAAUUGAAGCAUCUACGUGCAUCUGGUGCGGCCUCAGAAAAGCGGUAGCGCAUCUCGAAACUUCCAGAGAGGCGACAGAAGGCGCAAUCAUUGUGCUGGUAAGCAAUGGAGAAGGGAACACGGGUCCCAAAAUCAUGUCCAUAAUGCCGUCACUCCUCAAAGCAAAGGUCGUAGUGAGUACGCUGGCAGUAGGCGCUACGGCUGCGGAGAUACUUGAAAAACUCGCCUCCGAGACUCGGGGCAAAGCGUACGCCUUUCAAGACAUGCAGGGAAACAUGGCGCUGGAAAUGGAGGCUGCUUUCGUCGACAUGACGACGUCUUCGCUGGAACAGGCUUCCCGAGCACAGACGCUGGUGAACACAGAGGAAUUCCUGGGGAGGUUGCUGAAGUGGCCAUUCCAAGUGGACAGUGGCGUUGGUAAUGAAACAGUAGUCUACGUCAAGGUUAACGACCGUCACAAGGAAAAGAUACUUGGCUUGUCGUGGCUUGUCGACCCUAGUGGGCAGCGAUGUCAAGCCUGCACCAAGACUUCGAUAGCGGCAGGCAUUGCCAUAGCCAUACCAAGCCCAGCAGAGGUUGGGACUUGGAUCCUUCACCUAAUUAGCUCUGCCAAAGUGGAGAUCAACAUUCAGGUGAAAUCUAAAGCCAGGAGAGAAGGCGUAGAGCCGAUUCAACUCUCCUGCACCAUGGCCAACAUGCUGGUGGACCGACCAGAUGCAGCAGUCGUCUAUGCCAAGAUAAGCAGAGGAAAUAAGGUUGCCCUGGGCGCCUCUGUAUUCGCCGAUGUACGCGGGCCGAAAGCCGGGCGCGAGUCGAUGCUUCAGCUUCAUGACGACGGACGAGAACCCGACAACCACGCCGGCGAUGGAACGUACAGCGGCUACUUCACAAAAUUCACUGGGAAAGGAAGGUACACCGUGACUGCCCACGUUUUGCACCAGAAUGGGACUCGGCUGGCGUACCCAAUGGACAGCUCUGCGUGCGCCUUCGGCAUAGCCACGCAUAAUACGAGCGACGAGAGCACAGGUGCAAGCCUUGACUUUGCGUCUGAGCAUCCAAUAGGCGACUUCAAAUUCGUCAACACAACGGCCAUAGCCACCACCGACAACGCUACCAUCAUUGAAAUUGUCGACCCUUUCGAGAGAGCUGCUUCAGGAGGCUCCUUUCAAGUGACAGAGCCAAUUUUCGAAAGUGACGUGCCUCCGGGGAACAUCCGGGACCUUGCCGUGGCUGAUACACGUCCAGGAGAGAACGGCACUCUGCAGGUGGAACUAACGUUUACGUGGCCUGGAGCUCAUUUGACGUCAGGCAAAGCAUCAUCAGUGGAGAUCAGAGCCAGUAAGGAUUACGCGAAGCUGAAAUCGGACUUCCGGAGCCAAACAAAAAUCUCGGAAUUCAACGUGACCGAACGAGGCCUCGAGCACGCCAUCAUUGUGUCUCUGCCCAUCAUUUUGGCCACGCCUCAGCAGGACGGUGCAUCCACGUGGAAUGCUUACGUUGCAGCUCUCGCCACUAACAAAGACGGCCUCAAGUCAACACCGUCCAACGUCGUGCUGCUCGACUACACACCUCCACUACUCACCACGACUACCACAACCGCAGCAACUACGACCACUGAAAUUAUCACGCCGAGAGAACGCGCUACAACGAAUGCAGCAAUUACCACCCCUGAAAUCAGCACGCCGACAGAACGCGCAACAACGAAGACAGCAACUACGACAGCUGAAAUCUCACCGCCGACAGAACGCGCUACAACGAACGCAUCAACCACGACCGCUGAAAUCACCACGAUCACAGAACGCGCUUUUACGAACGCAUCAACUACGACCGCUCAAAUCAGCACGACGACAGUACGCGCUACAACGAAUGCAUCAACCAUGACCGCUGAAAUCACCACGCCGACAGAAGCACGACGACAGUAG